AUGCUACAUGUGUUGUACGAGCACGCCACCGGUUACGCUUUGUUCCGGGUGAAAGAGUUUGAGGAGAUAGGAAUGAUGCAACCAGAAGUGGAACAGAGUGUGUUAGAUUUGAGUCGUUUCAAUGCUAUCGUCACCCUCGUUUCCUUCUGUCCGUUCAGGAGUGGAGCAAAUGCUUUGGACAAUAUGAAUAGCAUUAGUGAAGGCAUUGUACACCCUGAUUUAAAAGCAUUCGUAGAAACGAACGUACCUCAGUCAGUGGGGAAAAAGACCAAAUCAAUUCUCGGAGUCGGGGACAACAAGUUGGCUGCUUCCAUUUCAGAAGAGUUGGGUUACUCGUGCAUGCAUACCGGCAUUGUACCUGAAAUUAUUAGAGGCUUAAGGCUGCACUUUCCAAAGCUGAUAAAAGGGUUGACGGACAUUUCACAAGGGAAAGCUCAGUUAGGAUUGGGACAUAGCUACUCAAGGGCUAAGGUAAAGUUUAAUGUAAAUCGUACUGACAACAUGAUCAUCCAGUCCAUCAAUCUACUUGAUCAACUUGAUAAAAACAUAAACACUUUUGCUAUGAGAAUUAGGGAAUGGUAUGGUUACCACUUCCCAGAGUUAGUGAAAAUCCUCCCUGACAACUAUAUGUAUGCCCGAGUCGUUUCCCUUCUUGGAAAUCGCAAACAACUGUCGCAGGAAAAAGUUAACGGCCUUGGGGAAAUAGUGAUGGACGAAGGGAAAGUCAAGGCCAUUCUGGAUGCUACUAGAACUUCAAUGGGUAUGGAUAUAAGUGAGUUGGAUUUAAUUAACAUUGAAAGAUUUGCACAGAAGGUGAUUAAGUUGGCAGAAUAUAGGAAGAGUCAGCAUGAUUAUCUCAAAAAUAAGAUGGACCUCGUUGCUCCUAACCUCUCGGCACUAAUCGGGGAGCAGGUCGGUGCUAGAUUGAUAUCGCAUGCAGGCAGUCUGACAAAUUUAGCAAAAUAUCCAGCCUCUACUGUCCAAAUUCUAGGGGCAGAAAAAGCUCUGUUCAGAGCAUUGAAAACUCGAGGAAAUACACCAAAAUAUGGUUUAAUUUUUCACUCUACUUUUAUUGGUCGAGCUGGGGCCAAGAAUAAAGGAAGGAUUUCAAGAAAUUUAGCUAACAAGUGUACAAUUGCUAGCAGGAUUGAUUGCUUUUCAGAAUUCCCCACUCGAGUUUUUGGUGAAUGUUUGAAAGAGCAAGUUGAAGAGAGGUUGAAAUUUUAUGAGUCAGGUGAGGCACCGAGAAAGAAUGUGGACGUCAUGAAGGAAGCCAUUGAUAUGCCAAUCAGGAUGAGUCAGCAAUUGGUGUGGCUGCUAGUAAGAAAGCUCACUUCGAGUGAGAAGAAGAAAAAAGCUUGUGUUUGA